UAUGACAUUCAUUACUACUCCAAUCUUGCGUGUGGCAGCAACACGAGAGUGAGAGUGAGGAGGCAAACAAUGGGAAGAGGCGGAGGAGGAGGAGAUGAGAGGAGGUACUGCUACAGACAAGUGUUCCCCUUCACCGCCAUAGUGACCAUGGAGUGCGCCAACGUCGGCCUCAACACUCUUUUCAAGCUCGCCACCCUCCACGGCAUGAGCCGUCAUGUCUUCCUCGUCUACGCCUACGCCAUAGCCGCCCUUCUUCUACUCCCCGCCCCUUUCUUCUCCCGCCGAUCGCGGGUGCUUCCCUCGUUCAAUUUCGUCAUACUGCUCAAGAUUUUUCUCCUGGCAGUGGUGGGGUAUACAUCACAGAUAAUGGGGUAUACAGGGAUCAACUACGGUUCUCCGACGCUUGCUUCAGCCAUGAGCAACCUGUCUCCCGCUUUCACUUUCCUCCUGGCAGUCAUCUUCAGGAUGGAAAAGCUAGCAUUAUCAAGCAAAAGCAGCCGGGCUAAAGUCGUCGGCACCGUGGUCUCAAUAUCGGGAGCUUUUGUGGUAACAUUUUACAAAGGUCCGAGCAUUAGUUCAUCUUCCUCCACUCCCGUCUCACUGCAUCAAACAGUUCAUUCAUCGCAAUCAAACUGGAUGAUCGGCAGUCUGUUUCUCGCUGUCGAAUAUGUUCUAGUGGCAGUAUGGUAUAUUAUUCAGACGCAUAUUAUGAAAGGAUACCCAGCGGAAUCGACUGUGGUCUUCUUCUACACUGCUUGUGUGAGCAUUCUGGCUGCUGUUGUGGGAUUUUUCGCAGAAGAAGACUCCAGUAAAUGGAGAAUCAGGCCUAGUGUUGCUCUGGCCUCUGUCUUAUGCUCGGGAAUUUUUGGGUGUUGCCUGAACAACAUUGUUCACACAUGGGCCUUGCACUUGAGGGGGCCUGUGUAUGUGACUAUGUUUAAGCCACUGUCAAUCGCCAUAGCCGCGGCCAUGGGAGUUAUUAUCCUCGGUGAUACUCUCUAUCUCGGAGGCAUAAUUGGAGCAACAAUAAUAGCCAUUGGCUUCUACACGGUGAUGUGGGGCAAAACGAAAGAGGAGUUGGUUGAACUUGACAUUGAUACAGCCGACUUGGAGUCAUCAUCAGCCCAAAAGUUUCCUCCCUUGUUGCAAAGUUACAGAGCAGAUGUGACUCAGAAGAGCUCAGUCCUCUUCCUCCAUGCCUGCAACAUCAGCGUCAUCCUCUUCCACAGACUCAGCCACAGACUCUGUUUCUGUUUCCUUUACUUGAAUAAAGCGUGUUUCUUCUCCUUACGUUUUUCUUAUGUGUUUUGCACCUUUGUUAGCUAGCUUAGGUGGCAGGUGACGUGGCGUCUAGUUUGUUAUUUCUGUUAUUAGUUAGUUGUACAGUUUUUUCUCUUCACCGACCUCUGCUUAUUGUAUUUAAGGUUCUGCUGUAUCACUUUUCUAAAUCUAUGAGAAAGAAGUUCUCUGAUUCCA